AUAUGAAUGACGAUGAUGGAGAGUAACGAAGCGAACACGAGAAAAUCAAAAUGGAAAUGGUCAAUCAAGGGUUAUUUUGAACACGGUGGCAGAAGACGAAAAAAUAUUGCAGCACCACCAUCAUUUGGAAGGCGUAAGAGACCGCUUUCUCAAGUGCCCGAAAAUGAAGAAAAACAUUCAGUAAGUAAAUCAGCUGAUGAUCGUUAUCCCAAAGAUGGAUUUAUGUCUGAUGGAAAUUUUGAUGACACAAGAAGUGACAUAACUCAGUUUAGUUCAUACAGUGCUUCAUCGGAGCCGAAUAAUCCAGCAAAAUAUUCGACGUUGCCUUCAAGAUUUCGUUCUGACGGGUUUGUAUCUAUGGAUGAAUGGAAUAGCGCAUGGAAGAGUAAUAAGCCAGAGAAUCAGCCAAUAGAUUCCGGAUCAGAUACUUUUUAUUCUGCAUUAAAAACCAAAGAGAGUUCCAGGCGUGGCAGACGACGCGAAAGAAGACACACUAUCGGAGGUCCGCAAUCAAAUUUCAAGGAUGAUCCGAAUGUAAUCACACAAGAACCAUCUUCACCGAGAGCAUCGUCUGAUAAUUUCUCUGCUGAAUUCAACGUAAUAUCCCGAAAAGACGCGGCUAACAAAAGAGAAGCAUUUUUAAAUUAUCUCCAAAGAGCUUUUCCGCAGCAUGCCGAUGCUAUCUCUGGAAAAGAAAAGCCGGCUUUUCCACCUCCAUACCACGUAAGAUCAAGAGCUAGCUAUUCACCACAGUCAGAGGCAUCUUCUUCACUUGGCUAUCUCGUACCUUCGGUGGAAAGUUCAUAUCCAGGAUUUUGUCGAGGAUCUCGACUGAGAGCAAGCCUACCAAUAGUGAGAACUGACAGCGGAUCUAAAAAUCGACCGCGUGUAGUUUACUUACAAUACGAAGGGGAAACUAGAGUAGCUGAGCUUCCGUCUGAAUUGACCAGCCUUGACACAAUACGAGCAUUAUUUGUGCAAAGUUAUCCUGGUUUACUCACUAUGCCAGUGCUGGAUAAACAGCGGCAUGGUUUAAUGAUCAAAAAUACGAAAACUGGGAAAUUUGAUGAAAUCGACAAUGUCAAGAAAAUCAAGGAUCGUUCGUUUAUUCGUGCUAGACCGCGAGAUGGCGUUUCAGGUAUUCCUAUGCCAGGGGCAAAAAAGGCUUCUGCAUUGAAACCUAGUCCAGUAAACUCGACAAACAAAUUUAACAACAGAACUGGACUUCCACAAAAUACGAACCAAAACAACAAUACCGUUGUUGAAAACAGUAAAAUUAACAAAAAGGCAACGAGUAACGGUAUAAAAGCGAAAAUCCCAACACUUUCUCCUGUACAUUCACCAGAAAGGUUAACGACAAACUCGAAACCAAAAAACAGUAACGUAAAUUCUCGCGGUUUUGGAUACGUUCCAAAACUGAAAAUGCCGUCUCCAAAACCACAAAGCCCCACGAAUGAAAAAGAAAAUAACAGAAAAGACUCGAAUAACAAUUCAAAUGUUAGCGCAACAGACGAUUUGCACAGUCCGGGCCAAGUCCAGGGUUCUAAUAACGCCACACCCUCCCCAACGGGUAAUGGUAUAGGCGGUGGAUCUCUAUCAAAAACUGGAUUUUCAUAUCACCAUGGAACAGGCGUACCCGCUUACCGUCGACCCGAAAAUGGCAGUGCAGAAAACACGAUAAGAGUUGUACAAUCGCCCAACUCCGGUAAAAGCAAGUUGCAACCAUUAGGAGAACCGCUGUCUAGAGAACCAAGCAGAAAUGCGAAACGGUCCAUUCAACCCCCUAAAACAAAGCUGUACGGAAGUCUCAUCCCCGCUAGCAAACUGAGGUCGACUCCUAGUAACUCUCCAGCGCCUAUUAGCGGAAACCUUAUAUCUGGUACAGAAACACCUAGAGAGGAAGAAGAUGAAGGAUCCUUGCAAGGCAACAAAGGUUCUAUAAAGCAAAACAAAGGCCCACCUCCACCUUUACCAAUAAGACCUAAGACACCCACAAGAGGCCGCGCUGCGCCAAGUGGUGCACCUCCUCCAAUCGCCCCUAAACCCACGGUGUCAAAACUUGGUAGUGCCCAUUCGUCAUUUUCGUCCGUCCCCCCAUCACAAAAAGCCAACAUCGUCAGCAAAGACACCGCUGCUUCAAAAAUUCCUUUGGAUCCAAUCAUUGAUGGAGGACUUUCUUCAGAUCUUGCCGUUUUUUCCAACAUAAAACGACCGGAAUCCCCUGAACGGAAAGCAAGCAUAUAUGCGCGGGGAAGCACCCGCUCUCUACGCCCACGACAGCUUCCAAAACCAGUCAGUAUCCCACAAGUACCUCCCAUGAAUUUGAUUCAUCGACAAGUAUCUGAUGAAGUAUCUAAAUCGGAAAUCAAUAUUCGAGAUAUCAAUAAUGAAAACGCAGGAAACGGUUAUUCAGACCAAAAUCUUACAAAGAAAUCGUCUGUCAGUGCACCAAACCUCACUCCAUUACAAGAUGAUGCCCCUGCUUUUUUCUCUGACACUUUUGAACAAAGUCCAUCUUUGAUAGUUUCCCAGGAUAUAGGCGAGGAAGAUUGUAUCCAUAAAGAUGAUUAUGCAAUUUUAACGUCCGAGAAAGUAGAAAAUAUACCCGAAAACAAUUUAAAACCUGAGACAACUGAGCACACGUCGAGUUUAAAACGGGGAUUAUCGAGUCUGAAGCGUUUUAUACCCGGCAGAUCAUCAGGAAAACAAUCAAAGUCAUCUUCCGAAAAUCUUAUCAAACCAACUCUUGAAAUUGAACAUGAAAUUCCCAUUUUAGAAGACGAAAACAUUACCAAAUCCGAAGACAACAACUCAACUGAUUUGUCUGUUUCUAAUGUGGCACAACCAGAGUCAGCAGAUCCAGCUCAUCAUGUUAACGUGCAUUCAAUUGCGUCGAUGUUUGAAAACGAUUCCAAGCUACACAACGAAGCCAACCCUAGUCAUCGCAAUCACAACUCAACUUUGAAACAUCCCGCUAUUCCAACUACAAAUCUUGUUAGUACCCUCGUAAAAUCUGGUAACAAUGGCGUCCAGAGAAAGGAGAGUUUGGGUGGCAAUUCAUCAGACACAAGUCAGAGUGGAAUAGUCAAGAAGAGUAAUUUAGUGAAAACUGGAUCAUAUAAUUCAGUGAAUUCUUCCGAUUCGUCGACAAGCAACGCGACGAACAAUUCAUCAACUGUUCACAGACAGCCAUCCGUACACAAGAAAGUUUCAUUUCAGGAUAACGUCAUGGUUAGCGAUGGUCAUGGAAGCAAUACUUACGUCCAAAGAUUGAAAUCCAAAGGGGACGAAUCCGGGUAUCCUGAGGUACAAUCUGAUGCGAAAUCAAGGGCAAGUGCUGCGGAACAACUCAAGAUCCAAGCAACUGAGUCUGAUUUCAAAGAAUAUCUCAAUAACCGAGCCCUAACAUCGCCGGUCAGUCCUAGAAGUCCAGGCCGAGUCACCAGUCCGACAUUGGACAGAAAAUCGGCAGUUGAAGCUGCCAUUGAAACUAUUACUGGGAAGCCUAGUGCGCGGAAAAUUAACAUUAACGAUAGUUACAGAGCGGCUACUCAAGGUACAUUAACGCAACUACUAUCCCCAUCACAGAUACCUGUAACUAUUGGUGAAUCCACAGACGAUGGAUUUGCUUAUAACGUGACCACCAGUUAUCAGCCACAGUCUUCAUACAAAGAGAUGUGGUAUCCACGGCACAGCCAGAUGUCUUCGGCCCCUGCUUACACGAAUCCGAUCCGUUCCAUGACCCCAAAUCCAACCCCUGCUUACAAUCAUUAUUCGGCAGCUAUAAUGCCACCAGGGCAAAUGUCGAAUGUAGCUUACUCUACCGCGCCAUCUAGCGUAAACAUUCAUGCGGAAAAUUUGGUUGCCAUGAAAAACGAACCGCAAGCCUAUUCCGCGAAAGACGAACCCUACUUUCAAACGCAAAGUGGAUUUCCCUACGACGACAACGAAAUGACAGAGUCAGAUCCAACUCCAUACUAUGAAAGAUGCGGCAGCUGGAAAAGAGGAGCUCCAACAUCGAAUGUUCAGCACAUUGGAACUCCGGUUUCCCUGGGAGCUGUUGACAGCAUUAGCAAAAUAAAUACAAUCGGGGAACAAACUCAGAAAGGAGUGACAGACGGAUUGGAAGAUGACAAGGAAAUAGAGUUAAGAAAAUUAGGGUGGGGCGAAUUUGAGAAAACCGCGCCCACCGACGAGGCAACCAAUGAACGCGUAAAGGCAAUGGAGCAGAAAAUAGCGACUCUCACUGGAAUGGUGGAAACAAUGAUAACACACACCGAUGCUGAUGUAAACAUAGGCGACAGCGCCAAUGCGACCAAAUCUCAGCAGAUGACCUACGACUCGGGUGUGACCUCUAGCGACAGUGAUUCCACAUCAUUAAAAGAUGUACGAAAACAAAUGCUGCAGCUUCGAGCUACUGCUUCUGAAUUAAAGAAACAAUUGGAUGAUAUAAAGCGACAACAGAGAACAAACUUCGAACGAAUGAACGAUAUGAUCGUUACUAGGAGUCGUGAACUGACAUCUCUCAUCGCUACGACUGCUGGGUCAGAACACGCACCAGUUCGUGCGAGACGACUCGCCCUGGACAGAGAGCGUUCGACCUACGGAGAUAAUGCGUCACUCACGGAACGUCAACUUACUGAAGUUGAAGGAGCGGUCGAGGAGUUACGUAAUGAAGUUGUCGAAAGAAGAUGUCGCGUAAAUAUGAGAGAAGUUGAAGCACUGGCCUUACAAUUGAGUCAAGCGGGGAGAACAAUCGCCAAUUUAAAAAGUUCUUUUCCUUCGAUUUGUGACGAGAUGAGAACGGUUGGGACAGCUGAAACCGAAGUUAUAAUUCAGGAAGAAAAAUUCAUGGAUACCGAACCAGCAAGAUUAGAUGAACAAUUGAAGAGAUGCAAACAGCUUACUCAGACGCUCUUCACAUUGAAAAAACUUGCAACGGUUCAAGAAGCACGGAGUAAGACACCCGUAAACAUAUUAAGCGGGCAAGGCGGAAUGAUGGGACCUAGACCCGAGACACCCUCUCAUUACUUAGCUUCUCUAAUGUCAUACGGUUCCCCGAACGGGCGACCUGGAGAAAGGGUCAAUGCAGAUGACCUCAAAAAAGUGAAAAACGUCGUUUUGGGGGAUGUUAGGUCACAAAAAGUCGACAGCACAAGGAGGAUGCAAAGUAUCCAGGAUGCCGAGAUGAGAUGGACACGCCGUGUGAAAUAUAUCCGCCAAUACGACUCCAGGAAAAUGGAAAAGGCGUUGGAAUUGGCUGAAAAAGCAUUGAGAAGAACUGACAACUUCCGGGUGAUAGAGGAGAGACAAGAAAUUCAUUUAAAAGAAAUUUAUUUCAAUGGAAACAAAAGGAGAGAUGAAAAAAUAACAACUUCUCUAUCUGAAUCCAGUUCCGUUGACUCACUGCCUUCACCUCCUCCACCGAUGAGCAAUAUGACGUCAUCCCAACAAAAUAAUUUACAUUCGGUUGAAGUUCCAACAUAUGCGUCAUCAACGUGUUCUAUGUCCACGGCUUCAUCUGCAGCGGCGCCACACCGUCCCGUAGAAAACCUGAUAUCACCCGACGGGGGAUAUAUCAGUUCCGAAAUUCUAUCACCCCAACAUCAGCAACCAUCUUCACUCCCGACACGACCCCUUCCGACAAAUAGGUAUCCACAACAAAAUCAAACAAAGGGACCGGUUUCUGCUCUUCAAAAACAGAAUUAUCGAUCGAAUUCGCUACAGCGAACUCGCUCACAAAGAAUGCAGCAAAUGCAACAAUAUGAAGAAUAUCAACGUCAGAGGUCGCGGACGCCUAACCCAUUCCCAACGCCGAUGCAAUUUGAUAAACCUGGGUACGUACAGCCCCAAGCGGAAUACGUCAACCAACAAUAUGACGCAUACGGUGCGCAAUAUAACUAUCAACAAGCAUAUCAAGACCCAUAUGGAAAUAAGAAUCCACAAACUUAUGCGCCGGCACCCCUACAACCAUACCAGACUCAACAAUUUGCUGAAGCGCCAUAUCAAUCUCAAAUGCAAUAUCAACAAUACGGACCAACGCCGGAUCAGAUGUUAUAUCAGGUUCAGCAGCAACAACAGCCGCAGCAAAAGCAACAACAAUCUACGAAAAAUCCCACCAGACAACUACGACGUCCAACAACCUUUUCACAUAAACAAAAUCACCCGUCUUCACCUCCAUACCAAGAUCCAUCCCAAGGUAUGUCGACAUCAUAUUCUCCUUCUCCACUGGGUAACCCGACAAAUGAUGACGUCAUGAGAAGGCGUCAGUCGGGGAAACAACAACAACAACCACAACAACAAAGCAAUGACAAAAGUCAACGAUUGAAGGACCAAUAUAGCAAGCUACAACAAAUGCAAAGAAAGAACAAAAUUAAUCAAGUUAAAAGACCGCCAUCAUCAAGAUCUCAAAUCGCGUCUCCGUCCCUUGUCAACAAUCCCGCCAAGUCGUCGGAUGUUUGAUCCAUCGAAAAUUUCUGCCAGUUUGUUUCUUAUAUAGUAAACAAAUUGGGCAACAACGAUAACAGCACCGAAGCAAAGUUUGCGGGACAAGGCGAUUGGAGAAGCGAGUAAACGCCGGUCAAAACUUGCUAGGAUGGAAUAGUUUGAUUGAUAAUUUAGAAUGAUGGAAAUGGAUACCAAAUUAAUCGAAUGUUUUAUCAUCAAUUUCGAAGAUAAUUUAGUGUGUGCACAAGGAACGUGAUACCUAUUUGAAAUGAAUGUUUGAGAUUGCAAAAAUGGUUUGAGAAUGAAUAUAUAUUAAUUACAUCGAUUAAUUCGAGUCAUUUUGCAUCUUUGCAAAGUCACGGAAAUGUCGAGUUGUCGAAAACCUGUUUUUCCACUGUUUUACGCUGCUAUUAUAGGCUAUGUACUAGAAAACUAUGUUCGCUGGACGAUUAUUAUUCUUAUUAUUAGAUGCAUAAUAGAAUAUAACGUUAUUGUAUUUUGAAUAAUACUAUUAUUAGUCUUUAGGAGUAAGUUUCCUUUUCAUUUUUUUCUCGUGCUAUAUUUUUAGAAUUCAAUAAAUUGUCUUAAAAGUGA